AAUGAAUCAAAUUUCCCAAAACAUCCUUGUCCAAAAACUAAUCGAUUACAAAUUAAGGUACUUAAACUUAAUUAUGGACAAUAUAGAAAGAACAAAAAUAAGAGAAAGGCUAGUCCUUAGUAUUCACCACCAAAUAUGCCGAUUUCAUAAAGACAGACAUCCUUUUCUAAUGGUCAUGCAUAUUCCAUUCAUUAAAAAUUGAAAUCAAUUCAAAGUUAACAGAAAGUAUUCAUUCCUCAGGCUAUGCCACAGUCUCUGAUUUGAUCGAUCUAUUAAGCC